AUGUGCAUCGAUUUAAGGGAGCCUAAUAAGGCUGUAGUUGUAGAUAGCCACCCUUUGCCUCAUAUAGAGGAACUGUUGGCAGAACUGCGUGGGGCGACGGUGUUUUCAACCAUAGACCUGGCCUCAGCAUACCAUCAGGUUCCAUUGCAUCCUGAAAGUCGUGAUUUAACGGCAUUUAUUACCCAUGACGGGUUGUUCCGUUAUAAACGUGUUCCGUAUGGAUUGGCUUCGGCCGCGCCUGCUUUCCAGAAGAUGAUGAUGACUAUAUUGCACGGAUUGUCAGGUGUUCAAGCCUACCUGGAUGACCUAAUUGUUUAUGGCAACACAGAGGACAUCCAUGACACUCGCUUAAAAGCGGUACUUCACGGUCUGAAACUAAACAUGCAGAAAUGUAAGUUUAAGAUGCAAAGCUUGAAAUUUUUGGGGCACACGAUUUCUAAAGAUGGAUUACAUCCUGACCCCGAUAAUGUAGCCGCUGUCAUGCAUGCGCCUGCUCCCCAUGACAUGGCCUCACUGCGCUCAUUCCUGGGCCUCACCUCUUGGUAUAGUAAAUUUCUUCCUGAUUAUGCAACAGAGGUUGAACCCCUGCGGGAAGUUUUAAGAACCUCCACAGACACAAACUUCCUCUGGACUGAUAAGGCCGCUCAAAGUUUUGCCACACUGAAGACACUAUUAUCUAAGAGCCCCAUUCUAGCUUUGUUUGAUCCCCGUUUGCCAACUUACGUGAGUACUGAUGCCUCUGAUUAUGGUGUGGGAGGAGUUCUUUCUCAGCUACACGCUGAUGGUACUGAGCGCAUAGUGGCAUUUGCCUCCCGGACUCUUUCGUCAGCUGAAAGGAAGUACUCGACUGUGGAGAGGGAAGCAUUGGCGUGCGUGUGGUGCGUUGAAAAAUGGAGGACGUAUCUAUGGGGUAGACAUUUUGUUUUGCGCACUGACCACCAAGCCCUUACAACACUUCUGACAUCAAAAGGCACAGGAAGAGCUGGCUUGCGAAUUGCUAGGUGGUCAGCCCGUCUGUUAUGCUAUUCCUAUGAUGUGGCAUUCCGCCCUGGGAGAUACAACACCACAGCAGACUGCCUCUCUCGACUCCCCUUACCUGUGACGAGUGACCUAACGGACGAACCAGAAAUGGUUGCCACUGUUUCUCACUUACCUGCUUUGUCAGCCUCUGAGUUCGCUUCUGCAUCAGAGAGCUGCCUUCAGUUAACUCAACUCCGUGAACAAAUUCAGAACGGCUGGCCUAAAAACAAGAAGUCAGUGAAACAGGAAUUAGAGCCUUACUUUCACAUUAGGCAUGAGCUUUCAGUGGAGGGUCCGCUAAUUAUGCGGGGUGAUCAUUGCCUAGUGGUGCCAUUGUCUCUGCGCACAAGACUGGUGAAUUUAGCUCAUGAAGGACACCAAGGCAUUGUACGGACUAAACAAAGACUUCGCGAGCUCUACUGGUGGCCGCAAAUGGGCAAAAACGUAGAAACCUUGAUUGCCUCAUGUGUGACAUGUCAGCUAAACGACAAAACGGCCAAGCCUGCACCUGCACCUAUCAUACCUGUGGAACUACCUAAUGGUCCAUGGCAAAAGGUAGCAAUCGAUAUUGUGGGACCAUUUGAGUCUGCUACUUGGGAUUGCCGCUACGCCAUAACACUAGUAGACUACUACAGUAAGUGGCCAGAAGUAGCUUUUGCAUCACAUGUGACAACGGAUGUCAUAACCACUUUCCUGGACACCAUCUUCAGUAGAGAAGGCAAUCCAUACUGCUUAGUACCUGAUAAUGGUGCACAACUUACUUCUACGGCUUUUGCUGAUUUCUUGGAGGAACGUAACAUUCAGCAUGUGUACUCCAGUGUAUAUUAUCCACAAGCUAACGGGGCAGUGGAGCGAUUUAAUAAAGUGUUGAAACAGUGUAUCCAAUCUGCAAUUCAAGAAAAGCAGCCCUGGAAGGCAGCUGUGACACAAUUCUUGCAUAAUUUUCGUGCUACGCCACAUGCUACCACAGGGGCUACACCAUUCGAGCUUUUGCGUGGCCGCAAGAUGCGUACAAAACUGGAUGUACUGCCUGUCAGCAUGAGAGCUAAGACACGUUCGGAGAUUAGUGAUACAGUGGCUCGUAAGCAGCAGAAAUGUAAAGACUAUACAGACAAAAAGAGAGGUGCUAGGGUACCCACAUUCAAGGAAAAGGACUGGGUGCGUAUUAAGAAACCUGAGCAUGUUCGCAAAGGUUCAUCAAAGUACACUGCUCCCUGUUUGGUGAAAAAGAGAGUGGGUCCAAAUACCGUCCUGCUGGAAGAUGGGAAGAAAUGGAAUGCGUCUCGUCUCACUGGAGUUCCAAAUGAGGUGUUGUUAAGUCUGGGAGAAACACCAGAAGGAAAAAUUAGUGUACAGCAUCAUGCUCAUGUAAAUGAACAGCAAACGAGUCCAAGGAGGAGUGUGAGAGUUCCUAAACAGCCAGUUUGGCUGAAGGACUUUGUGUUAGAGAAAUAG